AUUGUCAAGAUGUGUCAUAGACGUUAAUGUCAUUGGUAUCUUGUAUUUUGCAUAGAUUUUUCAGUUUUCUAAACUAAAAAACGUAUAAAAAAUGGCUUAUUUAACUCAGCCAGACUACGUUAAGUACAUAUGUUCCUGCGGACAAUUAAAACCUAUUACUAGUUUAUAUUUCUGUCGGCAUUGCUUAAAAAUACGUUGCGGUUUCUGCAUUUGUCAUGAGGUGGACUCACAUUACUGUGCCAACUGCCUGGAGAACAUGCCAUCAUCAGAGGCUCGGCUCAAGAAGAACCGAUGCAGCAGUUGUUUUGACUGCCCCAGCUGUUUCCACACACUGUCCACUCGGGCUACGAUGGCCCAGCCUCGACAGGUGGUCCAGGACCCUGCAGCAGGUGGAGACACCAAGGUGGAGAGCAAGCAGCCCAAGAAGAUGUACUACUUGUCCUGCUUCAAUUGUAGGUGGACUUCCAGAGAUGUUGGAAUACCAGAUCAGCCUGUUGCGUCAGGUGGGUGGCCGGAGCGUACGAACCCGCACGCGGCGCGCGUCAACCAACUCCUGGACUAUUACAAGGCGAUCGCACUGCAGGAGAAACAAGAGAAGAUUGAAAGAGAGAGGAAGAAGUUCAACAUCAGAGGGAAAUAUAUCACUCUUACAGACAAGACAGGUUUAACGGGUGCGAUGGCACGCAACAUAGCUGGUCUGCCGUCGAGUGAGAGCUCGUCGUCUGCCAUCGCGAGCUUCGUGCCCAGUCAGGCCACAGAAGAGGUUGAGGAGUUACCUGAGGAUAUAUUCACCAAGGAGGUCAAUCUGAAUCAGAUAACGAGCAUGCCCCAGCGCCUAGCGUCCCCGGAGUGGCAGCCGUCGUCAGUGUCGCGGCUGCACCCGCUGGCCAAGUUGCUGAGCGUCAAGCGCAGUCAGCGCUGCCGGGCCUGCGACCAUAACCUUACUAAACCUGAGUACAACCCCGGAUCUAUCAAGUUCAAGAUUGAACUGUUGGCAUACUACCAUGUACCAGAAGUGAAGAUAAUAUCCCACGAGCCUGUCAAACCGGGCGGGAAGUCAGCCCUGCUACUGAAGCUGACCAACCCGACCGGACAUGAGAUGCAGCUGCGACUGCUGCAACCUGAGGAUAUUCCACCUCCUGAGGAGAAGGAGGAACCUAAGAGUAUCGAGAAGUCGCUCGAACGAUCACUCAAUUUGGAGAAGGACACGACGUCUCUGAAGCCAAUAGAAGUGACAUGCGAGCAGCCCGCGACGAGCCGCGUGUCGGCGCCCGACGUGACGCUGACGCUGGCGCAGCGCGACGACGCCGCCGAGUACGACGACGACGCGCAACAUGAUACUAAUGACAUUAUAAUGUGGCGUAAAUCGAACAAAUUAGCACUUCGGUUGGAAGUGGUGACAGACGAGGGAGCGGAGGGCGGAGCGCCCGCGGUAGCGAAGGUAGCGCUGCAGUACUCGUACCGCAACACCGUGCCGCCCGCCGCCGCCGCCGCCACGCCGCGCGACCACACGCUCUACACCACCGUGCUACUCGACCUGGGCACCGUCAGCUCCAACUAGUACACACAUCUCAUCACUCAUCCUUAGCAAUAUGGAAUAAAAGCUUAUCUGGUAUAAGAAUUAAUACCAUAAUGUCUACUGGGCUAAUCAGUCUUUGAAUACAAACAAGAAAUAAUUAUUUAUGUUAUAGUCUAUAGCUCUCUUAUUUACUAACAAAAAUAACUAAUUAUUUGUGAAAACAAAACUUAAAUACGCGUCACCGGCAUCCAUUGACGUUUCCAAGGCUCGGAACCGGUUUAAAAAAUACCGGUUAAUACCGGUUUAUAUCGGUUUUCCUCCGAACUUUUCUUAAGAACGUGAACAUUAAAGAACUUUAUUUUAACCUAAAUUAACCGGUUUAUUCGACGAGGGGCAUGUCGGUACACGCGUUGAAAUAUUAUUAUUGAAAUAAGCUGAACAGCGCGCGGCGUUUCUUUGAUGUGCGUCGUAUUAACCGGUUUUUAUUGCUCUAAACCGGUUAAUCCGAAAAACCUUUAUGAAAAUACUGUUCCAAAUACCGGUUUAAAAAAACCGGUUUCGCGAACGAAACCCAAUGUAAAGGUUUUGCGUACAAGUACAUAAUAACGGUUUGAAAAUUUAACCGGUAUCCGAGCCUUGGACGUUUCACCGCUAGCCGUCGUCUGCAGUCGACGACGAAGGUCCGCUCAUGUGUAAGAGCUCUUUUACAUACAUUUGUAUGAUAAAAAUAUUAUAGUCAUAAAGUAUCAAUAACAAUGCUCCUGUGAUCAAAGACUUACAAAAUGCAAUUAACACUUCAUAUAUUGACCAAUAAUGAAGCAUAAUAUUUUAAGUUAUUUACAUGCUUAAAUGUUGCUCAUUACAAUACUCGUGACUUUCUAGUCACGUCUAUUUAUUUACGUUUCUUCCGCCGAAUUACUUUGAUAUUCGAAUUUAAGUCUUAUUUAUUUGAAACAGACAACUUCAACUUUUUCCUUUUAUCUUAACAAUUCAAGAUAAAAAUUUGAAAAUUUGAAAAAGGUCAUCUGAGGUCAGAAAUUAUAGAUAACUAAUAAUUAAAUUACAUACCUAUUCUGUCAUGAGAACGAGAUUAUUAUUGCAAAAUUCUGCAAUUAUAACAGAAAACAAAAUACGGCUUCCAGUUUUAAACACGGUGAGAUUUUGUUAAUCUAUCACAUUUUAGAUCCUGAAUUGAGGUAUCAUAAGAUCAAACAAGACUAGUACUUAAGAUGUUACUAAAAUAAAUAUAUCAGCAGCACUAGCUAGAAGUUACGAAUAAACCAAUUACUAAACAAAUGUAUAUUAUAUUAUGUAAGAUAAUAUCGAAUAUUUUAUAUUGUACAUGCAUAGAGCAGCUAGGAACAGUCACAUGUGCCUAAAUAUAAACUUAGCUUGUUAUUUUUACUUUAAAAGUGUUGCCCACAUAAGGAUUUCUCCUAAAAUGUGGGUGUUAAAUGAAAUUAUUCAUGAAAUUCCAUGCACUUGGAUAUUUUAGUUAGCUAUUUAUUUUUAUAGGCUUUAUUAAGAAGUAAGAUAUUAUUUUAGUAUAAGAUGUUCUCACUAAAUAUCUGUGCAUAUAACCAAUAGCUUGAAGUUUGCACGUUUUAUACAUACUGCUACAAGUAUUGUAACAUGUUUGCUGAAAUAAAAUAUUUUGAACAUGA